GUAAGUAGGUGCGAGGAAAAUAGUUUGAAUUCAUUGCUCGUGGAGUACGUACAUAUGGGCGUUUGAGAGAUUUUUGGCUGGAAUUGGUUUCGGUUAUUAUUCGGGGAUAGUUCACAGGCAAAGACAGGACAGGUAGUGAGUGAGAGUUAGUGCCAAGUAAGGAGAGACGGGUGAUCGUUUUGAAUAAUUUCUCGGCCUUAAUACCGAGCGCGCCUGAAAGUACUUGACUUGGUUCGAGUCUUUUAUUUAGUUACGUACCAAACCCACCAAAGUGAUGGAUUAAGGCCCCGGCUAUUGUGAAGAAGUACUUGAAUUGUAGUGCUCGGCAAUGUGUGUGCGCCUCGCUUCGCCGUGAAGAAUAAGACGGCCGUUUGAUUGUGGAUGCUGUUUUCGAGUCGAAGAGUUAACUAGCGACCAACGACACAAAAAAGUGGUGAUUCUUAAGAUAAAUAAUCAUUCUGGGAUAAGUGACCGGUUUUUUUUUGUUCCCUCUCCAGUCAGAAGAUCCGAAGUUUAAAGCUGUGAUUUGCUUUGCGUAAACUUUGUGUAUUCUCAAUAUCUCAUGAUUACGAAAUGAGGUAAGAAUUAAAUCUGCGAAAUGUUCAUACAGGAACAACGUUUAGGAAAUGCUUUUGUUCGACACCAAGACUAGUGCAUGAUUAGCUAAGUAGUGCCUUACAAAAAUAAGAAAAAGAGAGAGAGCUUUUAUCUAAUGUGAUUUAAGAACAAAAGAUUUAAACGAUCGCAACACCGGAAAACCGUUACAUUUUCGGAGUGAAGCACGUGCUUGGAGCCAACCCACUCACGUCUCUCAAGGAUCUGGAUUUUCCCAAGAGAGCCCAAAAAAAGAGCUCAUCUCCGCAUCGCCGUUGUGAUGUCAUUACACCUGAACAAUCAACUACAGCUUUAGAAUCUGCAGUCUUCCAGAUGUCUAACUGAUACCAAACGCAAAUUACGAAACCAAAGACCAAAUAGUAGGCACAGUGAAAACUCAUUCGGAAGCACCCACCAGCUUUCCGCACAACCCACAAAAAUGGAAACUCUGGCAGCCAAAAUCCAAAAUGAAAUGCUGCAAAGCUCCUUGGGGGCCGCGCAGCGCUUCAAGAAGCGGGAACGAACGCAAAAUUGGGCCUAUGAGGAGAAGCACUUCCUUCUGGAGCUUUGCCGCAAGGAUAUGCACAUCAUCGAGAACAAACGGCUGGACAGUGCCCUGACGGCGCUCAAGAACCGGGCCUGGAAGAUCAUUCACCAGCAGUUCGCGAUGGCUUUCGGCACCGACCGGAACUGCAACCGGCUCAAGGAACAGUGGCGACGGAUGAAGGCUUGCACACGUGCCGAGAUGCUGGACUAUCAGCAGCGGAUUCAACGCUACGGCCAGGAGGCGGCCGAUCGCAAAAAACCGAGCCAGUUCACGUUCGAGAUCUGGGACUUCAUGCAGGAGGCCAAGAAGGUGUGCAAGAACGAGCUGAUGGACGACGUGGACUACUCCAAGAUGAAGCUGUCCCUGGAAGAAAAUCUGCCGCAGGGCGUCACCCUCAAGGAUUGCAGCGACGAGAAUGACGACGAAAGUUCGUCGAUGUGGGAGAGAAAAUCACUUAAUAUAAGUGAUGUUCACAUCAAGGAAGAUUCGAUGGACGACGAGGACGGAUUCGAGAAAAGUGGCGGACGUCCAGCGAAAUAUCCACGACUCGGAUCGCUGCCCAGUUCUUCGCCGUAUUCGAUGACUGCUGUGGCCGCUUCCGACAAUCCUCACUCGAAAUUCAACGAACUGUUGGCCAGCAGUUUCGCGACUCGGCUCAACGAACAGUUGGCAAACAACAACAAUAACAAUAAUGGCAAAAAUUUGGACGGCUACAGUCGAACGUUUGGGGCCAACGAUUCGACGGUUUCGGACUCACCGGUUAACAUGAGUCAAACAGAUUUGACCAAUACUCUGGAAGCGUUGAACAUUCUGAAGAACCGUUUUCACCAUUUGAACGAGUUGGGCCAGUGGAAGAUCCCUUUUCAUGAGCCGCAGAAUUUGAGUACCAACAGCAACACGAGUCACAGUCACAAUCUGGAGCAGUCGAAUCACCAUCAUCAUCAGAUGCAACGAGGAGGACAUCAAUCACCUUCAUCGGUCAGCACAACCCCCAGAGAACUGCAGCAUCCCGGUCCACCUGAUUCUCCACUUCCGGUGGCUCACCCGAUUCAAACUGCAACCGUCGAUCAGAACAGUGCUGCCAGCAGCCAACUUCACCAGAGCGAACUCGAACUUCGGAUGGAAAUCUUGAAAACCGACCUCGAGACUGCAAAAAUCAAUCGGGAAACGGCCGAAAUCAAUCGCAAAAUUGCCCUCCAAAAGCUCAAUAGCCUAAGCAGUUCCUCAACCAAUCUUUGCCAAAAUGACCCAACUCCGUCCCACUAACGUCGAAUUAUAACUCUAAAUACGAUAAUCUACAAGCCCGGCAACCUACCUGCCCAUCGAAACAGGCACUUAAAGUUAGGGAAAAUGCAAAGCGAACUACCAAACGAUUGAUCUUACCAAAACCUACCUCAAUCUCAGCAAUCGUCGAAGGCAUCGGCAAACAAAAGUAGGCCUUUUCCUUGCCCAGAAAACAGUUGUAGUUAUAGAGAGAUGAUAAUUGUAAUUCAAACCCAAGGUUGCUGGGUUUUUCUUUUUCUAUCUUUUAAAUCCCUCCGAGACCAAGAGGCGGAAUCAAAAGUCGCGCAUGUACCCUGCAAUUAGCACUCAUUUUCUCGUUUGUAGAACAAAUUAAUUAAAACCAAAUCAGCAAACCGCGGGGGCGCAAUUUUUCCGUUUGCCGCGAGUCUCUCGAGUUGAUUGUGCUUAGGUUUUAAUCAGGUGGUACCGUGGUAAUUAUUUUUACUUAUUUAAGUUUUUUUUUUGGUUUUAAGAUGUGAAGUACACAGCAUACUUAGGGAAAGCAGUAAUUCACCCAAACAAGCGACCUCAUUUUACGCGCUACGUCUCAUUGGAGAGGCAUAUUAUUUAAUUUAAUCUUAAUGUCUAACGUUGUUCAAUAACAGAAAACCGUUGUUGUAUUGAACUCGAAAGUAA